AUGUUCGUCGUCUUCCUCCUCGCCCUCCCGGCCCUCUUCCUCCGCACAAACCGCACCUGGCUCCACCUGCACGCCAUCGGCGUCACCCUCACCGCCUUCGUCACCCUCGGCAUCGGCCUGCGCAUCUGGUUCGACACCCUCGAGACCCACAAGAACCUCGCCCCCAUCUGGUCCAAACAGUCCCCUGCCAUCCAGUCCCUCCUCCAGGCCCGCUUCAACUGCUGCGCCUACAACAACCCCAGCUUGUUCAUCAGGGACCAGACGUGUCCCACAGCGGCGGUGGCGGCGCAGUUGGGGCCGUGUAUGGUCCCCUUUGGGAGUUUCGCGAACCAGUUCUUGGAUGUGGUGUUUACGGCCUUCUUUGGGUUUUGCGCGGUGGAUUUGUUGCUGUUGUUGGGGACGUUGUGUUUGAUCAAGGAGCGGAAGGAGAGGGAGAGGUUUAGGCGGAUUGAUUUGAAGUUGAGUGGGAUGGUUGUUUUGUGA